AUGCGUUCUUUAUUUCUGUCCUCAAUCGCUGCAUUAUAUGCGUUAGCAGUUGCUUUACCGCAGCCACACCCUCUUUCAAUAUCUUUAACGAAAAAAUCUACUCUCAAAACCGCUGACGGACGUGUUGACCCUGCUUCACUCAGGGCUCAUAUUUCCAGCGCAGAGGCCAAGUUACAGCGGAACGCUGCUGCGUUUGAAAGAAACACUGGCGCAGCCCUCUUCUCCCCUUCGCAUACCAAGCGUGCGGCAGCGUUAGGUUCUGCGCCGCUUAUUGACGAUGCAAACAGAAAUUGGAUUGGAGCAAUUGAAGCCGGUACUCCGCCGCAGACGUUUACUAUUAACUUUGACACUGGUUCUACGGACUUAUUUCUACCUGGAUCAAUCUGCGGGAACGCAUGCGGGGGACAGCAGCGGUACAAUCCUGAAAUUAGUUCCUCUGCUGAACCCCUUGGCGAGCCGUUCAAAGUGGAGUACAUGGAUAAUUCCAUGGCUACAGGCGAUCUAUAUACGGACAGCGUCUCGCUUGCUGGCUUCAAGGCCACUGCACAAACUAUUGGCGUUGCCUUGAAUGCAUCAGGUUUCUCAUCGGAAAAAUAUGAUGGGCUUAUGGGAUUAGCCUUCAAGUCAAUUUCCAAGUUUGGCGCAGACUCCGUUUUCCACACGCUGGUUUCACAAGGAGCUGUCCCAGAACCAGUAUUUGCGUUCAAACUUGCAUCCUCUGGCUCUGAGCUUCGCGUUGGUGGGGUAAACUCUGCAUUGCAUCAAGGCUCAUUCACGUAUACUCCAGUAAUUAAAGAGGGGGCCUGGCAGAUUACUGGUGAUGCCAUCGAGAUCGAUGGGAAAGAGGUUGUCAAUGCAUUCCCUGCCAUUGUCGACUCUGGGACCUCAUUGAUCUUGGGCAAUUCGUUCGACGUCAGUCAGCUCUACGCAACUAUCAAUGCGACAGAAGUAGAAAAAGGUGUAUACGCGUUACCGUGUGAUGCCAUGCCAGCUGUGAGCAUCACCCUUGGGGGGAAGUCGUUUCCGCUUUCCGCGGAGACUCUAAAUCAGGGCACUAUGGAUUCAUCAGGAACAAUCUGCAUCGGUGCUAUCCACGGCAGUGAUGAAGUUGGAGAUCAAUGGAUCCUCGGUGACGUCUUCAUGAGAAAUGUGUACUCUGCUUUUGAUGUCGAGAACUCCAGAGUUGGCUUCGCGGAGCUCGCAUGA